ACUAUUCCCCACACACACACACACACUCUCUCUCUCUACUUUUUUUUUUCUUUUUUUUUUUUACACAUUGCACACCACAGGAGCUGUAGAAACAGAUAUUAAGAUACGCUCCUCUUCGAUCUCCAUCCUCUCGAGAUGGGGUCGAGGUCGACGACGACGACGACGACGACGAUGCUGAGGAGAGGUGAUUUGGACCUCGGGUAUGAGGAUUCGAUCAAGGAUGGGUUGAGGCGAAUAAUGCUUCAGCAUGAAAUUAUAUUUAAGAAACAGGUACGGGAGCUUCAUCGAUUGUACCGGACCCAGAAGAACCUGAUGCACGAGCUUUCCUGGAAGGGAUCGGAUGUGAUAAUGGAGGGUUCGACACUGGAAGUGAGUAAAGGUGUGUGGGCAGAGCAAUUCGGUAACCAGCCCAAGAUAAUGAUUGAUCUUCGGGUACCUGCGAACGAUUUUUCGCAAGUAGAGGAGGGUUCUUUUUGCAAUGAAAGUGAUGCAGGUUCUGCGCCGGCGAAGGCUAAUUCUGUUGGAUUUAGCUUCUGUUCUCAUAAUGUGAUUGAUUUGGAAAAACCUGCGGUUUCGGGGUCUAAUGACGCGGCGGAGUUUGUCUUUGCUGCUGAGUUGAGAGCCGGCACAUCUCGCAUGAAUUCGACCGGAACAGAAUUGCAUGAUUCGGAUUCUGUUCCGGUGGAAGAUCACUUGAUUGAAGAUUUCAGUGAGCCGCGGAGAGAGCAUGAGUCUUGCCACUUUACCCCUGGAUCAAAUGAAUGGAAAGGUUUUCCUCCAGCCAAUCUGUCGACUGAGAAGCAAAAGGCUACUUUCCGCAAACCUUUGGAGAUUGACCUCAACAUUGCUCAAGACGAAGAAGACAAACCGGUCUACGUUCUGCUUGAUCCUAAGCAACCAUUCCCUUCUCCAUCGACAAGUUCCUCGGUUAUGCAUCCUGAAAAUGUUUGGAAAGAUUCAAGUGGCACAUGCCCAGAAAAUUGUGAAUCAGAGAACAAAAAAUGCUCUAAAGAGUCUUCUCUCACAGAUCAGUUAAAUUCUAAGGAAAUUUUCACCGAGGGCUCAGAAAAAUGCUUUAAGAACUUGCUAGAAGGAUCUUCCUGCGGCUCCAACGGAGUUCAUUCAACGUCGGACUUGCGUAAAUCAAUGAAUGAGAAGGUAGCGCGUGCACAUAGUGAGGGCCAUAGGCAAAACUCGGCUAUAUUUCCUGGCAAUAAUACAAAAGAGAAUAACUUACAUGCAUCUGUUGGAAGCACCAACUUACCAAUAACCUUACCUAGCCAUCUUGAAGAGAAUCAAAGACAGCAUGAUGAAAGUGAAGAGGAUACUGUAUCAAGCCAUGCGGUAGCAGAGAGUGGAGAAUACCAACCUGUGAAUGAUUUCAAUCAGACGGCUGACAUGAAUCAACAGCAAGCCGAGAAAUUAGAAUUGGAUGAUGUAAUUCCCGGUGCAGCAGAGAUACUCCUUUUAAUCUCUUCAGAGAAUUCAACAUGUUACGCACAUUACUCGCCAAACAACAGAGAUAUUGAACAUGAUGUAGAGAAUGAUGAUCCCGAGUAUUCCGCUGAUUCUUUUGAGAGAAGUAUACUGAAUCUACAAGAGACUAAAGAUGAUGGGCUCUCCAUGCACGCGACACAAACCGAGAACAAGAGUCGAAAGGAUCUAUGUGGGUUUAAGUUAAGGAGGGGAAGGGGCCUAAGAGACUUCCAGAAGGAUAUUUUGCCAGGGUUGGUCUCCUUAUCAAGGCAUGAAAUUUGCGAAGACUUGCAUACUAUAGAGCAUGAGCUUGGUAAGAAUAAGUCGAGGAGCAAUUUCACGGAACAACCAUUUGGCUCCGUCGGAACCAAGCGGUCGAGGGUCUAUACUCUUCGGAGGCGGCGAUGAGGCAAUCCACAUUCAUAAGAAGUAAAUGACUGGAGUGGUUUAAUUAAAGCUAAUUCUGUACAGAAGUAGUAAUCUCUUACCGCGCUUACUGUUAAUGACUACAUUGGAACUUUCUUUAAUCUCCUUUAGUAAACCUUGUAGUUGAGUAGUUGAUUAAAGAAUCAUGUAUGUUGAGCCAUUUCAGAGCGAGAAGAUCGGGCCAAGCAGGCCUUUAACAGUA